AUGUCCGCGUCGCCGCAACCGGCGGGCGCGUGCGACGAGCGAGCCCGCACACCCAGAGCGUCGCCCUCUUCAACUCCCCGGUCCCCAGCUCCAGCUCAUGCCGUGCUUGCCACUAUGACACCUGUGCAGCCAGCACACGACUACUAUCCUCACAAAGUAGAAAUGGACUCUGACGACGGCUACCCGCCUGAAGCUCACUCUUAUCGCCAUUCUCCCCAUGGGCUGGCUGCGUAUGCACCCGAUAACAAAGUACCAGUUCAGCCGGACGUAUAUGACCAGGGAAUGGAGUCGAUAGACGAAAAGACUCCUAUAGAUCUCAUUUAUGAAGACGAUAAAGAGACAGUUAUAUAUACAACUACGCCAGAUCAGAAAAGAGUAGAAAUGAUCAGUGGUCAACUUGAAGAUGGACAGUUGGUUAGCGGCAGUGGACAGUUGGUAGAUGGAGGAGUGUCAGUCGUCGUAGGAGCUCCCGGACAAGGCACAGUUUUGGUGCUAGCAGAUGAAUUGGGACAAGUCAUCACGAUACCUAGGUCCAGUGUAACGGUUGUAGCACUAGGCACUAGGAGCGGCCUGUGUGGGUGGAGAGACGUGCUCACCUUGAACUUGCCGAGUCCAAGCCUCUCUCGCACCAUGCGAUCACAUUUCGAUGCUGCGUAUUCUACCAACUUCAAUUUAACUACUAAUUAUUGGGGUUCCAUUGUUCCAGUCCAGUCUUAA